AUGGAUGAUACAUUGACAGAAAAUGUUUUUUCUUUAAAAAACGAUGACUUUUUUGGUUUUAUUCAAGCAUUAGUUGGACAACAAAUGGUAGAUAUUCUGAAAUUUCAAUCAAUUACAUCUACACAAUCUCUUAUUCGAAAUCCGAAUAUCUUCGAUAUAUUUAAUAUGGGGUGUUCGGAAUCCAAUUUCUUAAUGAUAAAAGAUAGAUCACGUUUCCAGCUUGAUAAUGGAAAAUUUAUUGUAAAAAUUGGGUUAAUAAAUAAUUUGUAUUGUUUAUUGGAUUUUUUAAAACAACAACAACAAAAAAUUAUGGCAAGCAGUUAUGUUGAUGCUAAUCCCAGUUUAUCAUUUGAUUUUAUCAAUAAACAUCCAUUGUUACAGAAAUGA